AUGAUCCAGUACGUAAAUGAAAAGUUUAGUAGUCAAUACAAGGCCACGAUUAGUGCCGACUUUCUUACCAAGGAGAUCAUGCUGGACGACAAACUGCUGAUGCAUGCGUACUGUCUUUUGAGAAGCUGGACACGUGGCGAGACGAGUUCUUGGCACAGGCAGGACAAAGAGACUCGGAUGCCUUUUUCGUUUAUUGUACUGGGUAACAAGGUGGACAAGGAGUCGGAACGAAGAGUCCUAAGGAGAAGGCGCACGAGUGGUGCCGUGGAAAGAACGUCCAACAGCCAAUUCAGCACUAUGAAACAAGUGCGAAGGAAGCGACGAGUGUGGAAGAAGCGUUUCAGACAAUUGCUGCUUCGGCUUUGCACAAGGGCCAUGAAGACGAUAUGUACGUAUACCAGUAUAAGUUGCAAAUCAUCGAAGCGGGAGAGCUCUUCAUGCUGCUAA